UGGGAGCCAGGAGAGAGAGAGUGAGACUGAGAGAGAGGGAGAGGGACGGACAGAGAGUCUUACACCCACUGAGUGACCGUCAGCCUCCAAUCUACCAACCCAGGGGUUGCUUGGAUUCAGUGUCGGUUCUGGAUAGCAGCAAACGAUGUCUGCCAAAGGAAAGGGUUCCAGAUCUGGAUAUAGAGGCAGCGUGAAAGCCGCUCAGGAUUUUUCUGCCAAUCAAGAUGCAGAAAAUCUGUACAACGCGAUGAAAGGAUUUGGCAGUGAUAAAGAAACCAUCAUUGACUUACUGACCUCCAAGUCCAAUGCACAACGCCAGCAGAUCUGUACGAGCUACAAGACCCUCUAUGGAAGGGAUCUGAUUGAUGACCUGAAGUAUGAACUGACGGGAAAAUUUGAGAGACUGAUCAUUGGCCUCAUGAGACCUCCCGCAGUCUACGAUGCCAAAGAGCUGAGAGACGCGAUCAAGGGACUAGGCACAGACGAGAAAGCCUUGAUUGAAAUCCUUGCCUCCAGAAACAACAAGCAAAUCCAUGAGCUCACCGCAGCUUACAAAGAAGUGUAUGAGUCUGAUGUGGAAGCAGACGUUGUUGGAGACACAUCGGGACAUUUUAAGAAGAUGCUAGUGGUGCUUCUGCAGGGGACCAGGGAAGCAGACGAUGUAGUGAGUGAGGAUCUCGUGGAUCAGGAUGCAAAGGAGCUGUAUGAAGCUGGAGAGUUACAGUGGGGAACUACAGAGAGUUCGUUCAUUACUAUCCUCGGAAACCGGAGCUAUUGUCACCUUCAGUUGGUUUUCGAUGAGUAUCAGAAGAUCGCUGGGAAGGAGAUUGAAGAGAGUUUGAGGGGUGAACUCUCGGGUGACUUUGAGAAGCUGAUGCUUGCUGUGGUCCGAUGUGCCAGAAAUACCCAGGAAUAUUUCGCUUCCAGACUAUACAAGGCGAUGAAGGGGAUGGGGACAAGGGACAACACUCUGAUCCGAAUCAUGAUUUCUCGUAGUGAGAUCGACAUGUUGGACAUCAGGGAGGAAUUCCGAAUGAAGUACGAGAAAUCGCUGCACAGUAUGAUAAGGAGUGACACCUCUGGAGAAUACAAACGAGCUUUGCUGCGGUUGUGUGGAGGAGAUGAUGAGUAA